GUCGGAGCAGUAGCGCUGCGCGCCCCGCGCCGCAAGCGCCCGGUUGCUUUAAGGGCUGUGCCUGCUCCGUGUCCGCAACUCAAGUCCCCGGCGCAUCGCAGUCUCCGCGCCACCUUUGUAGCAGCCUUCACCACCCCGAGGUACAAUGGCGAGAAAGUUGAACGGGCGUGCGGUGGCCCAAGCCCUGGUCCUGGCCACUCUGUGGCUGGCUGUGUCUGGGCGUCCCCUGGUCCAGCAAUCCCAGUCUGUGUCGGAUGAAGAUCCACUCUUUCUCUACGGCUGGGGCAAGAUUACCCGCCUGCAGUACCUGUACUCCGCUGGUCCCUACGUUUCCAACUGCUUCUUACACAUCCGGAGCGACGGCUCUGUGGACUGCGAGGAGGACCAGAACGAACGAAAUUUGUUGGAGUUCCGCGCGGUCGCUCUGAAGACGAUUGCCAUCAAGGACGUCAGCAGCGUGCGGUAUCUGUGCAUGAGCGCGGACGGCAAGAUAUACGGACUGAUUCGAUACUCAGAGGAAGACUGUACCUUCAGGGAGGAAAUGGACUGUUUGGGCUACAACCAGUACAGAUCUAUGAAACAUCACCUCCAAAUCAUCUUCAUCAAGGCCAUGCCCAGAGAACAGCUCCAGGACCAGAAACCCUCAAAUUUUAUUCCCGUGUUUCACCGGUCCUUCUUUGAAACCGGGGACCAGUUGAAGUCUAAAAUGUUCUCUCUGCCCCUGGAGAGCGAAAGCAUGGACCCAUUCAGGAUGGUGGAGGACGUAGACCACCUGGUGAAGAGUCCCAGCUUCCAGAAAUGAUAGGGUUCUGACAGGAUGGAGACAACCCCAAGAUCCUGUGAACUUCCCCUUAGGAAGCUGUACAUAUUCUAAGUCUCGAGUGGACCCUGUCGUGUUAGUGGCUAGACUUGAUCAUGAACCUAAGUUGACAACCUGCCUGGCUGCCAUCUGAGCCCCACUGACUUUGGAGGCUGCUGACAUGUGCCUAGGUUACUCCAGUUCUGUUUGAGUAUCUCCACUAAUGGGGAACUUGCUCCUGUGAAACAUUCUUAGCUUUGAGCCAAAUCUGUGACUUGGACAGUUUUAGUAAGGCAGCCAGAAGCUAUGAAGUCAAAUGACAAAAUUCCUGUAUAGAAAGUAGGCUCUGAUGUGUGUGUUCACUCUAUGGACCUCACGGGAUCUUAACGUGUCCCCCAGGUGUCUCCUGGCCAGAACUAAUGGGGUCACAAACUUGGAACAAAGGACAGCCUAGAAGACUGUGGGAGCCUUGCAGGUUGGUUUUAGGAUUAAGAAUUCCAGCUGACCACGUAGCUUCCCCUUCCCCCCACUUAUAAAUGUCAGAUGGAAGUGACCUCAGCCAGGCUCAGGAGUGGACUCCUCAGCUGAGUGCAUAGCCAAGCUGCCACUUGUGCCCCAGGACUUAUCUUGGUCCUGUGACUCCAGAUUUCCAGGGCCUGGAUCUGCUCCUCAGACCCUUACCAGAGUUCACCUGGGUUCUCCAACCCUAGAGCAGGUAGCUUAUGGGCCAUCCAGUUGUGUUCCUGACUCCUGGCUCUUAGCCCUGGUCACCAAACAUUGUGAAUCAAUGUGUCUCUGCUGCCUGCAUCAACCUGUACAAACAAGCAACAAGAUUAGGACGCCCCAAAUUCUGCAGUGGCAGCAAGGAAGCUGCGGAGUCCUUUCCCCAGCACUUACGUGGCAGCGUGAUAUUUAUAAUUUAUUGUGUGUGCGUCUUCUAUUUUCUUACUUUAUUUAUGCCCCGAUCAUAUUUAUGUACAUGACUUGUUUUCUACAUUAAAAAGGAGUUGGUUUGUAUCAAAA